GGUGAAUGUCGUAUACUGGCAUUCCCUAGUUUUUUGUUCUACGCAGAUAAACGCUUGCUAAACCACACGAUCAGAACUGAGCAAGUCCAAGAUUUAAGCCUCUGUGAGCUCCUUUGUUACUACGAGCCAAAUUGUGUGAGUAUGAACUUCAAAACUACAGCAAACACUGAAGGAACAUUUAGCUGUGAGCUGAACAACUCAACUCAUCGAAGACAUGAUGAUGAGUUCAUGGAUAAUUAUGGCUACUUAUACCGAGGAGCAGAGGUGGGUAAUUCUACCUUAUGAUCAGGGGCACCCACCCACCGAAUAUUUCUAAAUACAUCAGAAGUGUCUCAAUAGUUUCGCCUGGCUUUAGAAGCCUGUUUGGUUAAUUCUGAGCUGCCGUAAGAAUAUAUUUAUCUGUUGGGAUGUCUUAGGGGUAGAUUGUUUUUUGUUUUUUGUUUUUUUGUUUUUUUGGCAAUAGUUGCUCCUUCGACUGGGGAGGGGGGGGGAGGGCAAUUAUUUUACAGAAAAAAAGUCGUUGGGUGCCCCUGUAUGAUUUCUAAUUGAUCGUAAAAAUAAUUGUUCUGGAACUCAUGGACUGUUCGACAGUCUUCUAUUUUUCCCUAAGAUCGUCAAGAUCAAGCGCUCACCGUCACUAGCAGUAAUUGGUUCCAAUUUAUCUUGGGGGUGGGUGUCGGGGUUUAUAGCGGUAGCAGAUGAGAUAGUCAUCUUUAAGCUUUAUGCUAGUCAUCUUUUAAAAACUGGAUACUUUGCCUGCUUUGCUAAUGAUUGGAGGUGUGCCUUAGUACACCCUCUACUCAAGAAACAUGGUCUCCAACCCAUCAAUAAGAACUUUCGAUCGGUGAGUAAUCUUCAGUGAAUACCUAAGCUAGAGGAAAAGGCUGGGGCUACUCAGAUCGAAAGUCACAUGGUGGAUUCUGAAUUACUUUCUACCCUGUUUGCAAAGUGCUUACCAACAAAAUCAUACCAACGAAACUGCUUUGAUCAAGGUAAAGAACAAUUUACUCAUAAACUUGGAUAAGGGCCACGAGACACUUCUUGUAUUAUUAGAUCUGAGCCUUCGACACGGUUAAUCAUGGCAUCCUGCUACGAAGGUUGCAGUCACUGUUGGGCUUACUUGGUAAUGCGCUUUCCUGGUUUCAAUCUUACCUAGAGGGAAAAGGGCAGCGUAUUUCGGUUAACGGCACCCUCUAAAACAGAUUUGCUUUAGAAUGCGGUCUUCCACGGGCUUCAUACUCAGUUCCGCUGUUAUUUACGAUCCAUACUAGCAAGCUGUUUGUAAUGCUACGUUCACAUCUACCUUCUACGCAUGCUUAUCCCGAUGGCACUCAGCUAUAUAUGGGUUCAGACCAUCUGGUAGCUUAAGCGAACUCGAAGCCGUGUCUGCCGUGGACAGUUGCAUUCUUGAUGUGCGUGCUUGCAUGAGAGAAGACAUGUUGUGGCUAAAUGAUGACAAGACGGAGUUUCUAUUGACUGGCACUCAUCAACAGCUGGCUAGGGUGUGGAACCGGUUUUUUUUUUUUCUAUUAUAAUAGAGAGCAAACCGGUUCCAAUAACACCUAUUAAAUAGCCAUAAAUCGGCUCGAAAACCACGCAGGAAAGAAGAAACACACAACUUAAGCAAGGUUAGCCGAUUUUUAUAUAAACACCUUUACAUUCGUCGGCUACGGAAACAAUUGUUUUUCUCCCAUAAAAAUCCUUAUAUUUUGAACAUUGCGCAACAGUGCCGAUGGUCAUAUUUCGAGCUUGGGUCACCAGUGGCGAGAAGCACAUUAAAAACGAAAAAGACAAUGGAUGACUGCGCGUUUAUGAUUGCUGCUCCAAAGUUAUGGAACAGUCUGCCUUUAAAUAUUAGACAAGCAACAACUAUUGACACUUUUGAAAGAUCCCUUAAGACUUAUUUAUUUGCAAAGACGUUCAUAAAUUAUGCGCAAUAUAAAAAAACAUUAUUAUUAUUGUUAUCAUCAUUACUAUUAUCAUUAUUAUUAUUAUUAUUAUUAUUAUUAGUAUUAGUAUUAGUAUUAUUAUUAUUAAGUUAGGCUCGGUCACGAUAGCCGGCUAUAGCGCUCAAGUCUUGACGACCUUACGGAAAAAUAGGGGACUCAGAGGGUGAAUAGUCUAUGGCCGAACUCAAUAUUUUCUUUCCCUUUCUGUUAAGAGUGCCUGUGAUGCAGACCCGUGCGAAAACUAUGCUACCUGCCAAUCUGGAUAUACACACAAAAAAUAUCGCUGCCAGUGUCUCUCAGGAUUCACCGGUGAGAACUGUGAAAGCGGUAAGAACUUCGUCAAAUUUGAAAUUGCACAAUAUGUUAAUGAAAUAGUCAAUAGACAGAAUUGAAAGGGAACAAAAAACGAAGCAGCUUACGAUUUCAUUGCUAGCCUGUAAACAAAAUUCUAGUUCAUAAGGAACGAAUGCUAAAAGAAAAACCGGCCAACAGGAUUUGAUGGCAAGUUUCUCUGUAAAGUUUCAAGCCGUCCUGAGAACAUGGAAACCGACGCAGCGCAGGCUGAGUUAAAACCACUUUUUUUUGUUUGAUUGGCUCGCCACGUUUGACUUGGCCUGUACUGCGUCGAAAGGGAAGCAUGAAACACAUUUUAAAAGAGCUUAUCGCUCAACACGAAUGAAACGUUUCGGUGACUGAUUCAUGGGGAGCCGGAUCAAAAACUGGCCAAACAGAGCGGUCAAAAGGCGCACCAGUCUACUUUCCCCUCCUCUAAACUACCCGCUCAAGGUCAUGGCGCUUUACAAUACUUCAACAAAUACCAAUAUAAAAUUAAAAAUUCUGUUGUUUUCAGAUCUAGAGAACUGGGAUCUUAAAACGUGAGAAAAACGCUUCGGGUUCGUCUAUAGCCAAAAUAUGAAAUACAACUAAGAAUAAAAAGUUCCUUAAAGAACGUUUAAAGAUUGGAUUUAUCCAGUUAUGCUGUUAUGUAAUGCAUUCCCGAAGUCUGGGGGCAGCAACUUGAAAAUAUCGAUGUAAUUUGUUUCCAUAAGCCGACUUCCGAUUAGAUUUUCGUAUUGCAGGGAGAUUGUUUGAAAAGGAUCUGAGUUGCCUAGUCAGAUUAGAGCGCUGAAAAAUAUCAGCAAUAUAAAUUUUGGAGCCAUGCCAUACAUAGUUUUUUUUAUACGUGAGAAAUAGUAUUUUGUACGAGAUUCGUUCCUUGAUCGGUAGCCAUAGCCAAUUGGGUACUGGUGUGAUAUAUGUUCUGAGCUUCGACUUCUGGGCAUCAGGCGAGCACAGGCGUCCCAAGCUGUGAGAGUGUAAUGAAAUUUACUUUGUCGUCUCGUUACCGGCGACCGUUGGGACGUUGUAUGUGAGAUAUAAUACUGAGGUCUGCGAAAGCUAAGUAUUAUUAUAUUUUAUCUUUUUUCAGCGAAAUGAGUAAAAGAGACUUACUUUUGAUGAAUUCCUGUGUUUUUUGGUGUGAAUUCAUCGAUUUAGUCGACUUUUUGGCUUUAUUGCAUGUGUAGCUCGUAACGUGAGCUUGGGAGGCCUGUGGGCGAGCAGCAAAGUUUUGUCAAGAUCAUUCUAUCUUGGUUUUGUACAUACUAUAAGAAGGAACCGAUUGUGGUAACCCAUGCACGCACAUGAAAAUGCAUUGCAAAUAUCCAAGUACUUCACUUCCUUCUUCUUAGAGAUUCAGUUCCCCUUUCGCUUCCCCUGAUGCUUCCUCAGAGGCACAUUGGAAAUUACUUGGGAGAGGGUGGAAUACGAUGGCGAUCCGGUCCCACUUGAAGACGUAUGCAAGUCUAGGUGUUUCAUCAAUUUACUUUGCAAGCCAUAUUUCCAACUCAGUUUCUUGACUCAAUAUGGUAUUAUUCCUUCUAGAUAUAAAUGAAUGUGAAGACGGAACACAUGAUUGCGAUGUUAACGCCGAUUGCACCAACACCAGGGGUUCAUUUAACUGUACGUGCAAGAUCGGAUAUGAGGCGGAUGGUGAUGUUUGCAGAGGUGAAAUUGUCCAGUUGAACCUUUCUUUGCCUUUAGCUGCCGUAUUUUUCUUCGUAAAAUCUUAUUAACUUGAAUUUUUAGUUACCAGAAAGCUUUUUGUAGUGUACGCUUGCACUGGUUAUUUGGGUAACUGAAGCUAUAAGUAAGGAGUGUGACCAUGCACCGGCGUUACGGUACGUGCGGUAUAUCUUAACUUACUGCAUUAGCUUAAAGCAGUUCUGAAACCAUGACUGACCAGAGAAGGGGUUGAUAACCUUAGCUGGACUCAUUGGCUGACUAGGAGGGAGGAAGAGGCGUGAUCCCCCCCCCCCUUAUAUUUUCGAGGCCGCGCCCUCAUCUUUUCUUAGCAAUUGGGGCUGAUUCGUUUAACAAGAAAGGCACCAGAUUUCGGCAUUCUAAUUAACACAAAAAAAUCAAUACAUCGGUUUGACACCGUAAUCCCCGCUAACCGGAUAGAAAAUUUUACAUGUAAUCAAACCAGAAACAGAAAACAGCAGGUCAGCAGACAACGAGCUGCUUAUGCGCACUGCUUCCACUCUCUUUACACCAUUCUUGUCCACAGAACUCCGAUCGUUUUUGGUCAGCGCCACCGUGAGCUCUGACUGGAGCCCAAGCCUGAAGUGUACGGACAAAACAAUGCCUUCUGGUUUUCUUGGCAUCCUCAGAAACGGACUACCAAAAAGUGAAACUAUUGCUCUUGCGCUGUUCCAGGCCAAAGCUUUCGAUCCGUGGCGCUGACCGCAAGGACCGCAGCUAUGGGAACGAGAAUGUAUGUUAAUAUGGCGGCUUCGGGCUAGCUUGUUUCAUGUAAUUGACCAUUUUCGAAUCUUCCAAAAUACACCUUUUGGUACCAGUUUACUAUAAGUUACUUUUUGGUACAUUCCUUUACCCUUCUCCUCUCGUGGUCUUUGAGAAAGGUUGUCAACACAAACCACGAAACAUUGAUACGGUUAAAAAAUAAAAAAGUUCUGGAAUAUUUGAAUAUUUGUUGACAACAGAGCAAGUUGAAAUUCGAAUUAUUGCGAUAAAUAUAGAAAGAACGCAAAUAAGUAGUGUAAGAGUUUUAUUAUUUUAUUUCAUUAUUUUAUUUUAUUUUAUAGUUAUUUUAUUUGCCACACAAUGAUAGAAAUUACAAAUAAUAUACGAAAAGCAGAAAAAAGAAGUGGCAAAGAGACCAAACAGAAACUAUAGGAGCUUAUAAGAGAUUAGGCCUCCACGAACUCCAGGCAAGAGCUACAUAAAUUGAAGAAAAGAUGGCAAAAAGUCGAAGAUGGAAACUUAAGAUUUAUGAUCGGUUUUCAUAUUUACUUAAUAAAAAUGCUUGAAAAUGCGACGCAAACCGAUAGUUAUACAACUGCAGCAACAGCUCCUUCACAAAGGAAUCACAGUGUGUUUGUUACCACAAAUUACGAAAAAAGAAAAAAAAACAUUACAAAGUACGACAGUUGUUACAAAUGACAUUUAUUACCGUCACACAAGGGUUCAACGCGUUUUCUUCACGUGGAAAGUACGCUAUACAGCUCAAGUCAUGCUGGAGACAGAUCAAUUCAUUUGUCAACAGUUAAAAACGCUGGCUGCAUGGUUAAAAAAGUGGGCGUUUUUAUCUCAUUAUUUUUAUAAUGACUAUUUUCAGUGAAACGUUUAAAAGUGGGAAGUAACUAAUUGAAAAAAGUAAUUAAAAGUAAUUUAUAAGAAAUUUAAUCUUUGAUGCGUGUUAAACCAGUAUAUUAAUUCCAUUUGAAUUUUUUCCUAUCAUCAGAUGCUGAAAAAAGUAAGUUGAAUUUUUCUUGUUUAAUGGUUUCAGGGUUACACUGCGCAAACUUCAGGUUAACUUGGGAUACAUCAGUUCUAUAUAGGCCAAAUUAACGACCGGAGUAAUGGAGGUAGCCUGCGAAAACAUCCGUUUCUCUGCGGUCUUCGCCGCUAGGACGUUUCGCGCAGAGGAACGUCUGCGACUCAGCGAUAGAAAUUCCAUAAUGGUGACGCAAAUCAAUGUUUACAUAAUAGAUCUGGUUGUCACGAGGUUCUGUUCACGAGAAUGAACUAUAUUCAAAAAUUGUACACAAAAUCUUAGCUACGAAUUUUACAAUUUGACCGAAUUCAAGUUCACAAAAAAACUACCAAGCGCAUUCAAAAACUAUUAAUCGAAAAUUGUCUCUCUGUCCAAGUCCUUCCAAGUUCUAAACUGUUCUGACUUAUAUUUUUUAACACUAGAGUUUUUAAUUUCGGUCCAUGCAAAUUUCCAUCACACUUCUUCCAAUCAGGGCUCGAAUGAGUCCCUUAACGCACGAAUGUCUUUCACCACCAUCGCUAGUUCAUUAGUCCUUUUGUCCAGGUUCCAAACAUAAAUUUGUCCCAUUUUACGAGUCUUAUGGUCGAUUUUGGCAAAGUGUUGUAAACAAUAGCUAAAACAAUGUAACUACUCCGUCGACCAAUCAGUGCUUCUGACCGGAUUCCGAACAGAUUUUACGUCAUCAAUAUGGAAUUUCUGUCGCUGAGUCGCGGACGUUCCUCCUCACACCAGCACUAAGACACUGGAAUAGGUUCUGUCGGUCUAUUACAACUAUACGGCGUUCAAGUACAGUCAACUCUCAUCUUGCGGACACCUCGAUAAUACAGACAGUAGCUAAAUCCCAGGCAAAAGUAAAUUGCAGACGUUUGACUGAAAUAAACUCCUGCUAUUACGGACUCUCGCUACAGAGGACACUAACUCGAGGUCCCUAUAAAGGGAGUUGACUGUAAUAACUAAUACCUUUAAAACUAAUUGAAGUCUAAUAACAAAUCAAUGGUGGCGUGACACUAAUCAAAACAAUUGUAAAGAACCAUACAUAAAACCGUCAUUAGUAUGCACGAGACUGCCCAGAAAAUGGGUGGUCGGGAAGAAGAUCAGCUAGUUCCAUGAUGUACGGUAAGUUGUCAUUAAUUUAGCUUGACUAAAAGCAAGAAAUGCUGUCCUCUUACAAUUAGCCCGCGUGGCUUACACUCCACUAUAUAGGUACAGCUACUUGUUGCUAUUUUAUUGGUCUGACUAUCAGCUACAUAGCAAUGGUUCAAUUUGGAAUUAUAGUCCUGCAAGAGCAUGAGUCCUGAAGUCAUCUGCGUGUGACCUUUCACUAGUCUAAAUGCUACAAUUGAACCUCUCUACAACGGCCACCUUAGGGACAGACGAAAGUGGUCGUUGUAGCGAGGUUUAAACAAGGGUCAAUGUUCGUCCGCCGGUACGAAAAAAAGUGGCCGUUGUAGAGAGGUGGUCGUUAGCGGUGGUUCGACAGUAUUAUGAAAUGGGUGUGGCCAGUUGCCACCCCCCUGACCCUGCGGACAUAAGUACAUGGGAGAUGCUCGCUCAGCAAUAUGGGCUCCCGUCUAUUGAUUCAAAUAAAAUAAAAAAGGUAUUCUCCGCGUUAUUAUAGUUCCUGAAUCCUAAAAUGUCUUAAAAUACCUGUUUUUGAUUUCGUUGUUAUUUUCUCUGAGUUGCAGUUAUAUCGUAUGCGUACCUUUACCUCAAUCAAUUAUUUCAUGUAUGAACUUCCCUCACCCCGCUUUCGCAUGAUGUCCUAUGUUCUGACCACAAAGAAAAUUGAAUUAGCUAACAGGGCAAAUAUCAACAACAAAUUAAAGGAUCUCUUUUAGGGGUCAUAAAAAGCCUGAGCCACCUCAAGAUCGGUUUCCUUAGGCCCGAUUCAGACGCCGAUCUUUUCAUGAGCCGAACCUAAUGCAUUGAAUUAAGUACAUGAAAAGUUCGGCGUCUGAAUAAUUUAGGAACGCCUGUUUCAAUUUGGAACGGUUCAGCCGUUCUUUUCGCCUAGGCCGGCCGGGAAUUUCGCCUUUGGAGCGACUUUAUGGAACGGCUUUGAUUCAGACGCCGAACUUUUCAUGUACCGAACUUAAUGCAUAAACUAUUAUAACGUAUUUUACAAGCAGUUUGACCGAAAUGAGCAUUUUUCUCACCACCCCACCCCCCCCCCCUCCCUCACCCCGAGUGGGUAUUCGUAGCUAUUUUCGAAGGUUUCGAAGAACAUGCCAUCAUUAGGAAAUAGACAGGGUGAAGAUUAUCAAUUUCUCACACUAACCUAAAAAAAUGUGUUUUGUUGGCAAGGUAAAAUUAAAUUUUACAUCAACAAGGUUCAUUAAAAAGUGUACGAUAUUCGAAAUGCAAAAGUUUCAUUUUGACGUGCUGAUUAUACUGAAAAAAUAAAAAUAAGCAAACUCUUGCCGCUUCAUUUUCAGCUUACCAUGUUGCAGUAAGAACCAAGUUGUGGUUCUACGCUGGAACUGAUGCAGGCGUGUGGAUAAGGGUCCUUGGUACCAAAGGCACUACUGAAGAUAUACAACUUGAAGAUCCCGAAAAAAACGAGUUUGUUGCAGGACAGUAAGUGUAAUUCUCCUCGUUACCCCGGCGUAUCCUGCAGGUCCGGCAUAGCCGCCUCCGUGCUUGAAUUUGUUAGUUCACACCGUAGCUCCGAGGGGUUUUUCGUCGAGUAAAGUGAGCUCUCCCAGGCUCUUUAUUGUGGACACUGAAGGGACCACGAGAUAGUGUCCUUGCUCAUUAGCGACAGAUUGUAAUAAAGGGAGUAAAUUUACAGUCAAAUCCCUUUAAUACGGACACUGAGGGGGCCAUAGAAAGUGUCCGCAUUAAUGGGGUGUGUCCGUAUAAAGCGGGACGAAUUUUAAAAAAUGAAUGGGCCUUCUUUCCUCAAGGACAAAGCAAACUGUCCGUAAUAAUAGAGUGUCCAAAUUAAGCGGGUGUCAGUAAUACAGGGUUUGACUGUGUUUCAGUCAAACCUACCGCGGAAAUAAUCAAACCAAGGGCUCUUGGAUUAACUUAUUUCUGCGAAUCUGACUACCACAAGUGCAGUACAUCGAUUUAAGUGAGUUAAUUCAUGUUUUGAAAGCUGUCGUUAUUUUUGAUUGCUGAGGUGUCCUCUGAAUGGAGGUUAAACCUAGGUUUCGGGACCCAAAAAAGUGUCCCAUUCCCCUGAACAGAGGUGUGCAGUCCCUUCAAUAGAGGUAACAAAGACAAAUAUUAUGUGAACAUUUUUCCGGGACCAAAUUUUGUGUCUCCUGAAAUGGAGGUGUCCAUCAGGUGUCCCUCGAAUAGAAGUGUCCCAAAGAAGAGGCUCCACUGUACAGCCUUCCCAUGGAUUACCUCGGAAGGCCGCACAAAUUUCAACUUCAACUCCAACUUUAUUCAAUAAAAAUAGUAAUUCUAAUAGACUGGCCCGCAAAAUAGCAAUUGCUAAUCUAGGCGGUUAAGUUGAAUAUUUUAAUUCACAAUAAAUUCUUAUUUCUGUCAUAUUCUUAUUUCAAGUAUAUUGUAUCUAGGGAGAAACGAAAAAGGAAUUGACGGAGAGCGGAAAGUAUAUAAUUUGUAUAGGUAAUAGCAUGAUUUGGAGUGAUAUUUGGCAUAAAUACCACGAGUGAUAUUUCAAAAUUGUUAUAUGUAUUUUCACGAGCCGUUAGGCUCAUGAAAUUUGAGAAAAUUUUGAAAUAUCACGAGUGGUAUUUAUGCCAAAUAUCACGUACAAAUCAUCUAUUAUUUGUUUAUACUACUACCCGCAAAAGGUUUGUAAUUUUCACAUGUAGGUAUUUCAAAUUAAUCUGAAAUGCCACUGCUCUAAACCAAUCAAUUUGCAGAAAUUUCUCAUGUAGUAGUAUAAUGUACAGAAUUCACCUAACUGUUUAUCCAGCUUUUUCAAUUAUAAAAUUCAAUGGCGUCUCAAUAUUGUCAUCAUCUCUUUUUAAGAUAUCGGAAAGCAAUCCGUGUAGAACUUUCGUAAAUUCCUUAAAAAGUGACUUCGUAACUAAAAUUGCCAAGGGCGUUGCUCGAUUAAAUUCAUGCAUGUACUCGCAGUUCUUAGCUUUUCCAGAGGCAAACGUCAACCGGACUACUUUACAGUUCUGAUGAAAAGCUUGUUAAGACCGAUUACGUCGGUACCCUUUUUUAAUCAAUGGCGAGAAAAUUCCUAUCCAUAUAUAGUUCUUUUUAUUUUCCAGUCCAUGCACGUGGGGACUUUUGAAUAACAGUUAACCUUGGGCUUUUGGCUUUUUUGUUGUAGAACUGACGAAUUUGUUUUUCAAGCUUACCACGUUGGAACGGUAACGGGAGUGGAGGUUUAUCGAGAUGAUAGAAAUGAUAGUCCAAAUUGGUUUCUCGACUAUGUGAGUAACAUAUGA